AUGGAACAAAGAAAUAAUGUGACUGAGUUUGUUCUAUUGGGUCUCACUCAGAGUCCUGAAGGGCAGAAAAUAUUAUUUGUUGUGUUCUUGGUUAUCUACAUUGUGACAAUGGCAGGCAACCUGCUCAUUGUUGUGACUGUUGUGGUCAGCCCAAGUUUAGAUGCCCCCAUGUAUUUCUUUCUUGGCUACUUAUCGUUUAUGGAUGCUGUUUAUUCAACCACAGUUACACCAAAUAUGUUUAUAGACUUACUUUAUGAGAAAAAAACUAUUUCCUUCCAAGCUUGCAUGACACAACUUUUUAUAGGACACUUAUUUGGUGGUGCUGAGAUUUUACUCUUGGUCGUCAUGGCCUAUGACAGGUACGUGGCCAUCUGCAAACCCUUGCAUUAUCUGACCAUCAUGAGCCAACGUGUAUGUGUUCUGCUCUUGCUGCUGGCCUGGGUUGGGGGUUUUGUGCAUGCUGUUGUCCAACUUCUCUUUGUAUAUAACCUUCCUUUCUGUGGUUCUAAUGUCAUUGACCACUUCAUAUGUGAUAUGUACCCCUUAUUAAAACUGGCCUGCACAGACACCUAUGUUAUUGGCCUUACGGUUGUUGCCAAUGAUGGGGCAAUCUGUGUUGUCAUCUUUAUGCUGUUGCUAAUUUCUUAUGGGGUCAUUCUCCACUCUCUGAAGACUCUCAGUCAGGAAGGGAGGCGCAAAGCCUUAUCCACCUGUGGCUCCCACAUCACUGUGGUAGUCCUCUUCUUUGUUCCCUGUAUUUUUAUGUAUGUGAGACCUCCUUCUACUUUACCAAUUGAUAAAUCAUUGACUGUUUUCUAUACUGUUAUCACCCCCAUGUUGAACCCCCUCAUAUAUACUCUGAGAAAUGCAGAGAUGAAAAAUGCCAUGAGAAAACUUUGGACGAGAAAAAGGAAAUGA